AUGAGCAAAUAUAUUGCGAAGAAAGGUGAACAUGGUUUUAGUUGGACAUACGAGAUUGAAGUGAUGAACUCUUCACGUCUAAUUAUCGUCAUCGCGAUAGCAGUAGCUCUGCUCACUCUGCUCUACCAACCAGUGGUAGCAAAUCGCAUCAUUCCAGAAGCAGAAGUUGGUCUGGAAGAAAUGUAUGACUUGGACGACCUUGAAGGUCCCUUCUUUGUAGAUCGUCGAGGUUUCCUCACUAGCUCCCGUCUUGGCCGACGCAAGAAGGGUUUUCUGACAGCUGGUCGAUUAGGACGCUGA